UUUACUACGUCUCUCCUUCCUGAAAAGAACCAUUGAUGUUCUUGUUUACAUCGGAGCACCACGAGUAUCACAGUCGAUAAACUCCAUGUGAAUUAGAAGCUAGGGGAGAAAGAGUGUAAAUUGCAUACAAAAUGGUAAAGGAUCUUUCAACCAUGGCAACAAUGAACACACAGACGAAAAGGGGACCAUUUCCUUUUAUAAAGCAUGGAAAAAUAAAGAAAAAGGAAAAGCAUGGAAAAAAAGUAAUGAAGAUGGAAAAGACCUUAAGGGAGGAAAUAAGCAAUGCAGGAACAAUGAAACAGUUUGCAGAUAAUGCCAAUAAAGUUGUCAAAGGCUCUAAAAAUGGGGAGAAGAAGGUUAAAAAGAGCAAAAACAAAUUCCGCAAGCUACAAGAUAAUGAAAUUUCUAGCACAACUCCAAAUACAAAUGAAGGGCCAUCAAAUGUUGCAAGUGAGAGAAGUUCUCAAAAUCAGGAUGAACAGCCAAGGAACUUUCAAUCUCUCUGGGAAAGAUAUAAACCUAGAACAACUCCCUUGAUUGGGGCUGGCACAGAUUGGCACACACAGCUUAUUAAGGAAAAUGAUAAAGAAGGAAAACUUGACGUGGAAACCAAGAGAAAGCUGAAGGACCUAGCUGCCAAAAUUCUUGAAAAUGAUAUUGCUAUAUAUAACCAAAAUGAAGAGAGAGGUUCCAAAAGACAAGAAGUAAAGUUCCGAAAGACUAUUCUCUCCCAUGGUACAACCCGUGAUAAAUUAGCUGCUCACGUCUUGAGGUGCAUGGAGGCCCCAGUCCAUUCCCUAAACCACCUGACUGCACUCAUAUCAAUGGUAACCCCAAAAGCCAGAGGAGGAUAUGAGGAAGCUUUUAACUCUCUUACUGAUCUUUUCAAUUCGGCAUAUUUGCCUAAAUCAAGAGUUGCAAGAAAAUUUGAAAACCACAACUUCAGUGUUCUUCAGCCAUUCUUAGGGGCAAAUCGAGAACAAGCAGAGAGACAAUUAGCACUGUGGUAUUUUGAAGAUCAACUUGCUCUAGCCUAUGAGAAACUUGUCAGACAUCUGAAGCAGAUAUCCCAUGACAUGGUGGACAAAAACAAGAUGAAGGGAAUAAAGAGUUUGAUCACUCUGCUGGGGAACAAUCCCAAUAUGGAAACAGACCUGAUAUUAGAGUCUGUGGUCAACAAGCUGGGUGAUCCCUCAAAAAAAGUAGCUUCACAAUCAAUGUAUAUCAUUAGAACUCUGCUACAGAGGCGACCUUUUCUCAAAGCAAAGGUUGUCAUGUAUGUGGAAAUAGUUUUGUACAGACCAAAUAUUGCUGCAAAGGCACAGUACUACUGUCUUUGCUUUCUGAAGGAUAUUAUUUUUGGUAAAGAUGUUCAGAGCCAAGAACUUGCAAAAAAACUUUUAAAGUUAUAUUUCGGUUUCUUCAAGGCCUGUACUAAAAAGGGAGAAGUUGACACUCGUUUAAUGAGCGCUCUUUUAAGAGGCAUAAAGCGAGCUUACCCAUUUUCUGGGAUGGAAGGCAAUGACUUGGAUGAACAGCUGGAAACUCUGUUUAAGAUUUGCCAUCUAGUCAACUUCAAUAUUGCUGCACAGGCACUCCAACUAAUCUACCAAGUGCUCAGCAGCAAGAAUUAUGUGCCUGAUAGAUUUUACAAUGUCCUGUAUAGAAAGCUUCAGGACAAAUCUUUUGGGCAGUCUUCUGCCAAUAGUGCUUUUCUGAACUUGAUCUUCAAGGCAAUUGUGAGAGAUGAGUCUCUAAACAGAAUUAAAGGCUUCAUAAAGCGACUUCUUCAGAUGAGCAGUUAUCAGACUUCAAACGUUGCAUGUGGCAUUCUGUAUCUGAUAUCAGAAGUGAUGAAGGAAAAGCCAGAGUUGUGUAUUAAGGAUCAGCCCUUGUACCAAAAGGCCCUAAGGAAGAAGAGGACAUUGGGAACUUGGGGAAUCAAGAGAUGAAAGGCCAGAAAUUCAAUAAGGAAAAUUCUGGGAACCUAGCAGCACCCCCAACACAGACAAACCCAAACCAGGCUGGAGUAAAGUCAUCUUGGGUUCAUCUCCCAACAAAAGGAAAGGAUGUCAAAGGCACUUACCGGACCUCAUAUGACCCCACCCAUAGAAAUCCCAUGUACUGUGGCUCUGAGUUUAGUCCUGUAUGGGAACUCCAUACCCUAAAGAAACACUUCCACCCAACUGUGCUAUUAUUUGCAAACCGUAUCCUAGCAAAUGAAUCACUAAAUUAUGCUGGAGAUCCUUUGCAAGAUUUUACACAGAUGAGAUUCCUAAACAAGUUUGUCUUCAGGAAUCCCAAAAAGCUUGAGAACCAGAAAGACACUGCGGGUGGCUAUGUCUUUGGUUCUCGCAUGCAGUAUAUUCCACAAGGGGCACGUGGUUUGUCAGUGACUGAUGAAGAAUAUCUGGAAUUAGAUCCCAACAGUGUGCCUGAAGAGGAACAUUUCAUCUACAAAUAUAUGAAAGAAUUCAAGGUUAAGAAAUACAAAGCGAAGGGUGAAGAAGAAGGUGAUGAUGAAGUAAAUGAUGAUGAAUUUGAAGAAUUCCUCAGUAAGAUGGGUCGCCCACCUAAGGAUGAUGAGGAAGAAAUUAGUGAGGAGCUUGAUUUUGCUGGAUGUGCAACUGGCAAUCUUGAUGAUGAGGACAAUGAAUUUAACAGUGAAGAUGAAUUUUUGAAUGAAAAGGAUGAUGGAAUGGAUGAGAUGGACAGUGGUGAGGAAAAUGACGAGGACAUGAGUGAGCUCAGUGGUGAUGAUGACAUGUCCAAUGAAGAUGAUGAUCUGGACGAUGAAGAACUAAUUAAAACCCUGGAGAAGGAAGAUGAUGAGCUGGAGGAUAUGGAUGAUGAUGAGCUGGAGUUCGAUGAGGAGGAUGUAGCCUUUUCAGAUGAAGAUGACAUUGGCUCAGCAAAACCCAUGAAAUCAUCAAAGAACGACAUGGAAGAUUUAAGUUCCAUGUUUGCUGAUGCUGAAGAUUUUGCCCAUUUGCUUGAAGAUAAUGAUGAGGAAGAGUAUGGCAUCACAUCUCAGGCAGUGUUGAAUAGGGAUAGAUCUCGUGCAAAGCAACUACAGUGGGAGAAGAAGCGUAACCACAUGGAUGAAGGCUUUGACAGAUGGCAGAAUAAACGUGGAAAGCAUCCUGGAGCCAGAGGUCGUGGCCCCUUUUAGGGGGUCUGGGGGUGAAAAAAGAAGUUCCAUUUAACCUAUGAGGGGGAAACCCAAAGUUCUAGGGUAAAAAUAGCAUAGAAAUGGUUUAUAUUUUCAUUAUGGAAUAUUUCUUGGACUAAUAAAGUUGUUGAUUUUGG